AUGGCUGCUAACCACGACCACUCUGGCCUGGAGGCUGUCCAGCCUCAGGGUCACCUGACUCCCAAUGAGAAGGCCACCGUCAUGGCCAGCGACGUCUCCAGCUCGCAGAUCAGCUCGCCAGGCGACUAUGACGGCGACCUGCCCGACCCUGAUGUUGGCAAGACUGAUGCAGAGCGCGCACAACUGGACAAAGCCCUUGUCAGGAAAAUGGAUCUGUGGCUGAUCCCCUGGCUGUCGCUGCUCUAUCUCUUGUCCUUCCUCGACCGCACCAACAUUGGCAAUGCCCGUGUCGCCAACAUGGAGAAGUCGCUCGACAUGAAGGGCACAGACUACAAUGUUGCACUGACCAUCUUCUUCAUUUCCUACGCCGGAUUUGAGCCGCUCACCAAUAUCGCCAUCAAGCGCUGGUCCCCUCGUGUCUUCUUCACCGGCAUCAUCCUCGUGUGGGGCGCCAUCAUGACCCUCAUGGGUGUGGUCCACAACAAGGCCGGCUUGUACGCCUGCCGUUUCUUCCUUGGUAUCGCCGAAGCCGGUCUCUUCCCUGGCGUCAACUACUACCUCUCUUGCUGGUACAAGCGUCAGGAACUGGGAUUCCGUGCAGCACUUUUCUUCUCUGCAGCUGCCCUGGCUGGUUCGUUCGGUGGUCUUUUGGCCGCCGCCAUCACCCAGAUGGACGGCACUGCUGGCUACGAAGGCUGGCGAUGGAUCUUCAUCAUUGAGGGUUUGAUGACCGUUUUUGUUGGCGUUUUCUGCUGGUGGAUGGUUUUCGACUUCCCCGACACUGCCACCUUUUUGACUCCUGAAGAGAAGCUCCGAGCUAUGCGCCGUCUCCGUGCCGAUGGCCAAGCCCGCGCAACCGUUGGAAAGAUUGACCGCAGGCACGUCAACGCUGCCCUGACUGACUGGAAGACCUGGGGCUACGCUGUGUGCUACAUGGGAUGCCUCUGCCCCCUGUACUGCUUCUCGCUCUUCCUCCCCACAAUUCUCCUUGCUAUGGGCUACAAGGGUACCCAAGCCCAGCUCUUGUCCGUUCCUCCCUACGCCGUGGCUGCCACCGUAACUGUCAUCAUCGGCUGGAUUGCGGACAAGACCAAGUGGCGUGGCUACUGCAACAUGGUUAUCUCCUUCAUUGGAUGCAUUGGUUUCGCCAUGUUGCUGGCCACCGACAACCCACACGUGCAGUACGCCGGUACUUUCCUCGGUGCCAUGGGCAUCUACCCGACUGUUUCCAACACUUUGACUUGGGCCUCCAACAACGUCGAGGGCUCGCUGAAGCGAGGUGUCAUGGUCGGCGUGGUUGUUGGCUGGGGUAACAUGAACGGCGUUGUGUCGUCCAAUAUCUACAUGACCAAGGAGAAGCCUCGCUACUACACUGGCCACGGCAUUGUCCUCGCAUACAUGUUCCUCUUCCUUUUCGGUGGAACUGUCUUCAUGCACUUUAUGCUCAAGCGCGAGAACAAGCUGAGGAAAUCCGGCGCACGCGAUGAUCUGCUGCAAGGCAAGACUGAGUCUGAGGUCGAGGUCCUUGGAGAUAAGAGGCCCGAUUUCAUCUACGUCACUUAA